AUGACGGCCUUCGGCCUCUGCCCGCUCUUCAUCGCCAGCGCCAUGGCGGCCGAGCGCGCGCUGGCCACGCGGGCCCCGCACUGGUACUCGAGCCACAUGCGGCCCGGCGUCACCAAGGCGGCGCUGCUGGGCAUCUGGCUGGCCGGGCUGGCCUUCGCGCUGCUGCCGCUGGCGGGCGUGGGCCGCUACGCGCUGCAGUGGCCCGGCACCUGGUGCUUCAUCGAGGUGCCGGGCGGCGCCGCCUUCGCCGCCGCCUUCGCCUUCCUGGGGCUGGCCUCGCUGCUGGUCACCGCGGCCUGCAACGUGGCCACCAUCUUGGCGCUGGUGUCGCGCUGCCGCGCCAAGGUGACGGCGUCGCGGGCCGGCAAGCAGUGGGGCCGCAUCGCCACCGAGACGCUCAUCCAGCUGCUGGGCAUCAUGUGCGUGCUCCUGGCCUGCUGGUCGCCGCUGCUGAUUACGAUGUUGAAAAUGAUCUUCAAUCAUACAUCUAUUGAACACUGCAAUGCAACCAACUACGUGGACCAAAACUUAGAACUGCAGGAGGAAUGCAAUUUCUUCCUGACUGCUGUCCGUUUGGCCUCACUAAACCAGAUUCUGGAUCCCUGGGUUUAUCUGCUGUUAAGAAAGAUCCUCCUCCAAAAAUUCUGUCAGGCAGCAAGUGCUGUCUCCGGCUGCUCUAACACCAGAUGGAAAGAGCGACAGGUCACUUUCUCAGAUGACAUAAGACAGACAACAGCAUGAAAAAAUGUUGAUACAACUUGCAUGCAAACUACUUUUGACAAGUAGUUUUAAAUUUUACUGUGAAUUUGGGCAUCUGUGGCAUGACAGUGUUCCUGCAUAAAUAGCUGCAGUGUAAGUGGUAUGACUGGACAUAGAGGGCCAGAUACUUGUAUAUCAUGUGUGCCAACAAUGCUUAAAUAUAAACAAAGGGAUGUGUGCUGUUGUUAACAGUAGCCUACAAUUCUGUUGUCUUUGGCUGAGAGCAUUCAGCCUACAGAAUGUAGUCAAGCUAAAUACAUCAUGAUUUCUGAGGAUUCUUCUUGCAUCAAGACAGAGGAAUCAAUCGUUGUUUUGUAAGGGAGACAGAUUCAACUGCUUAAUACUCCUGUACUAAAUUUUGACUCUAGGAUUAUCUACUACAUGCAGAUAUUAUUUCUUCCUCCGAUUCUUUCUCCUUUUUGAGGGAAAAGUACAAGAGCUUUAAGGAAGAAAGCAACAGGAAGCCUUUAAUUUCUCCCAAGUUCAAUGUUUUCUUGCAAGAAGUGAAAAUGACAUGUAUUUUGAUGAUGACAUUUUCUCUGAAAUGCUGAAAGGCAGCAGGAAUCUCAUGUGAUACAUGUUAAUUACUAAUUUUUCAUGAAUGUUAGAAUAAAUUCACCUUCUACAUAGGUGAGGGGGGCUUUGGGGAAUAGCAUAAAUGUGUAAGCUGCUCUUUUUUGAGAGACAAUCUGUGAACAUUUUUGCAAGUAAUACCUGUGAAAUACCUAUAUAUUAACAAGAAUAACUUAGCAAAGCUUUUUCACACAAUGGUCUACUUUUGGCAGACUGAAAUAGUGACAGACCAGGAGAGACAAGAGAUGCUACUUUUUGUAUUAACAGUAAGUAUCCCCUUCAUAGUUAUUAUAGCAAAAACCAAAUCACCAUGUUCAAAUAGUUCAUUUUCCACGACAGCCAGGUGGCAUGUACACCACCUGCACAGCACCACUUCAUUAUACAAGCACAUGUCUGGAUUGUGUCACAGUCCAAUCUGUUAUUUAAGAAACUAUUGAUUGACAGCUGUCAAACACAUGGCAGCUUGUAACUUUUAAAAUCAGAAGUCACCGUAGCAGGGAAGUUUGGACUGAGGCAUCUCAUUAGUCAAGUCUUUCCUUAGGUAGUAUGCAGAUUUGAUUAUCGAGUUUCUGAUCCAUUUGUGAGAUAUCAGCAGUUUCUGCUUUCAUAAAGACUCUUGAGUUUACUUACAUUUUCUCAUGCUAGUUUGUCUUUUGGUAAUGGGCAAUAUUAAAUGUGUGCUACUUUAAAUAGUCUUCUUAGUUAGUUAACUUAAAUGUUAUAUUUAUCUUCCCAUGGAUGAAGAGAUGAGACAAAAUAGCUUGAAAUGUGAAAAUCCCAUAUACCAGUUUGAAACCAUUUGACUCAUAACUUUUCCUGUCUUGUGACUAAUCUUCACUAUUAUGACAGGUAAGAAAGAAAAGUAAUUGAAGUUAGAUUGACAGAUCACCUUGCAUGUCAAAGUCUCCAGUACAAUUACAUUUAAUGUGACAUCAAUAUUCUGACAUUUUAUAAUUAAAAAAUAGCAUAACUAUCA